AUGGCGUUCUGGCUGGACGGCGAGCUGGCAGCUACAGGGCCUGCUAUUGGGCAGGCUUCGACGUCGGGCGGGGCGGCGACGGCGAUGGCGGCAGCGGCGAACGCGGCGGCGGCGGCGGCUGCGGCUUUGGCGGCGGCGGUGGCGGCGGCGGCAACAGGGGCAGCUGCUGCUGCGGCGGCGGCGGCGGCGGCGACGGCUACGGCGGCGACGGCUGCGGCGCCGGCAGCGGCAGUGGCGGCAGCGGGGGUGUCAGCGGCGGCAGCAACGGCUGUGGGGACAGAGGCGGGGGCAGCUUCGGCUGCGGAAGCGGCGGUGAUGACGGCGGAAGCGGGGCCCCCGGUGGUGGCUGGGCCGCUGUAG